UAAGUACAAUACUAGCCUAGGAUUACAAAGCAAAACAAGAACCUUGUGUAAGAUAAGAGCAUCUGUGGAAACCUCAUCUUGGGUCUUUAGCUAUGGUUACCAUGCUGAACACACUUUUGCUUUGUUGGUGUAUUCUUCAUGGGCUUCAGACUGUUCUCACAUCUGAUCCCAGCAACACCCUCCACCUUGAAGAGUUGAGCUCUAAUAUGAACCGUGCAGGAAGAUAUGACUACCUGAGUCAGCUGAGGAAAGCCAAACAGCCAACUUAUUAUUUAUCAGGCCCCAUUGAGGGACCAGAAUUUGACAAGACGGGUAUGGAUUCAGUUGAUGAAGACAUAUUGCAGGAAACAGUUUCACUUGACCAUGGGGUACUGUCUAACAACAUUGAGCUACAGAAUAGAGAAGAACGUUCACCUAGGAAGUGUCUGCGACUUUCAGAGUCAUGCCUUGGUCUUCAGCUACCUUGUUGCGAUCCGUGUGCUGCAUGCUACUGCAGAUUCUUUACUGCUGUCUGCUACUGCAAAAAAAUCAGCAGCCUUUGUCCUAACGGGAAGCAUUAAUUCCUGCUAGUAAUGUAAAGCAUCUUGUUUGUAACAGUAGUUAGCUUGGAAUUGUCUUGAAUGUUGUAUAAAAUUACUUAUUUUCUGAUCCUGUACAGCUUAUUUCUUUGUGUAUAAAUAAAAUGUGUUUAUUAAAAAUA